GUGGAACUCAAGGUCGCAGUCUUUUGAUAUGUGCAUUAUGUUUACGUGGAUUUUGCUUUUCAUUGGUAUCUCAUGUGUUUCGGCAGAAAAAUUGCCAGUUAUUAUAUGGCAUGGGAUGGGUGAUCGUGGCACAGGACCUGGAAUUCAGAAGCUUGCAAAUUUAAUCAAGUUAGAUCUACCUGGGACAUACGUUAAGUGCAUAACGACGAGCGACUUUGUUAUUGAGGAUAUUCGAGAUACAUACUUCAUGCCGAUUAAUGAUCAGUUGGAUUAUGUCUGUCGUAUGUUACAUGAAGACAAAAACUUUUCCAAUGGUCUACAUAUGAUUGGCCUAUCACAAGGCGGAUUAUUUGUCAGAGCUUUAGUUCAAAAAUGUAAUCUUACGAAUGUCGGUGCUGUUGUUUCUAUUGGAGGUCCUCAGCAAGGAAUCUUUGGUAUACCAAAAUGCACCGGUGAAGGUCUCAAUCAAGCCUGCUUGCUAAUGAACGAACUACUUUCCUAUGGAGCAUACACUCACUUUAUCCAGAGUCAUGUGGUCCAAGCACAGUACUGGCAUGAUCCACUAAAAGAAGAUGUAUAUCGACAAUAUUCACAAUUUUUGGCGGAUAUUAAUCAAGAAAAUGAAAUAAAUGAGAUUUACCGUGAGCGAAUUAGAAAUAUAAGACGGUUGGUUUUAGUGGAAUUUUUAGACGAUACAAUCCUUAUUCCGAAAGAAUCAGAGUGGUUCGGCUUUUACCAAGGUGGUACAACAUCAAAUAUAACCAAACUAGAGGAUAGUCCUCUAUAUACUGAAGAUCGUUUAGGUCUUCAAACACUUGACAAAAGAGGUGACUUACAUUUCCUAAGAAAAGACGGAGACCAUUUAAGAUUCGAUGCGUGGUGGUUUUCCCAUAAUAUUGUAAUUCCUUUUCUGAAUUGAUUUCUUGUCAACUAGUACAGAUGAACUUUAUUUUCAUAGAAAUUACUGAAGACCAGGUAACCUUCUGGAUGAUUAAUAACAGUUACCUACUAAAUCAACCUUUCUUCUAACUGAUAUUUGUAAAACUUGAUUGUUUAUAUGUAAAUCAACUUUGAUAUCAUGCAAUACAUUAUUUAAAAUCACGUAGAAUGUUAUCAUAUAUAAUUUCCCUACUGAUGAACCGCAUUUUCAUCUAAAAACAGAAAUCUUUAAAUCGUGUUCUUGAAUUUGUUUCCUUUUAGUCGUGG